AGCAUCGUAUCAGCCCCAGCCCCACCCCCACCCCCACACUCCCCAGCGCUCUCACUCUCCGCUCGCCGUCUUCCUCCCGCAGAGCGCGCUCGCAAGAGGCAGAGCACGAGCGGCGGCAUGAAGCGGACCAGGGCGCAGAACCCCAAGGCCCAGGACACGGAGCCGCAGGACCCCGCGGCCGCAGCCGCCGGGAGCAACCCCAACCCGAAGCCGCAGCGCCGGGCCAAGCAGCCGAGGCAGCCCAAGGCGGGGGCAACGGGGGGCAAGAAGACGGCCGCGGCUCGCGAGGCCGCCGCGAUGGCCGCGACGGCUGCCGCUGCCGCUUCUUCCAUCGCCGUAGCCUCCCCUGCUGCGGAUAUGGCGCCGGUCGUCCCCGACGUCUGCGUCGCCGGCGUCGGAGGAGGGGGGGAGGUGGCGUGCGGCCUGCCGGCGGAGUGGGACGAGAUGGACGGGUCGCCGUGGUGGACGUUCGGGGUGGAGGAGGAGAAGCUGCUGGGGUGGUUCCCGUUCGUGGAGGAGGACUUCCUGUCCGUCGGCGGCGGCGCCGGCCCCGCCGCCGCCGAGCCCUUCGACGACGACAUCUGGCGGAUCCACCAGAUCUACGAGAUCCCCAGCUACGCCGCCAAGUGAAGAAGCGACGGGCGCAAAAUGCGGGCGGGCGGCAUUCGGCGUGGACGCCUUCCACCACUUCCGAGAAGAAACUAGAUAGGAGCCGCUACCACUAGUAGUGCUUUUGCGGUACAGGAACGGGGAACGGACUAAUCGAGGAGGUUACCAUCCACUACUAAUGUCAAUUUAGGCGAGUGAGCGAAGCUAGUUUAACGCCUUGUUAUGCAAGCAAAGAACAAAGAAAAUUGCGACGGCGAUGCAA